AUGGCUCCAAAGAGGGAGAGAGCACCAUUAGAAACAAUCAACCAGGUUUUCCCGAGCUUCAAAGGACCCGACACCCGUCAGGGGUUCACGGAUGUCCUGUACCAUGCCCUCGUAGAUGCAGGAGUUCGCGUCUUCAGAUUCGAUGAGGAGAUCUGCAAAGGCGAGGAUAUUGGUGAGGAAAAACUAAGAGCUAUCCAGGAAUCCGGGGUCUUCGUGCUGAUCUUCUUCAUAACCUAUGCUUCAAGUAAGUGGUGCCUGAUGGAAAUGAGCCAUGAUGCAGCAUUCCCAUCCCUUGAUUUUUCCAGCUUCUCGAAGAGCCAUUUGCCACUGCUUCACGACUUCAGGAGCAAACUUCAUCUCGAGGAGCCAUUUGCUCCUGAAGUCGUGAAGCAGUGGCAAAUGGCUCUUCGAGAAGCUGGAAAAAUCAAGGGAUGGGAACUGAAGGAUAGAGGUUGUUCCUCUUCUGCUUCUGAGAUUCGCAGAACAUCACAAUGA